AUGAUUUGCAAAAGUUUGUUUGAAUUCUAUCCCAGUUAUUCUUUCUCUUCAACCUAUCUUUGGCCAAGAAUAUCGCCCAAUGUGACCAUAUUCUCCACUGACAACCUCACAGCAGACAUACACGAUCUGCACCCGUCCUACAAGUACCAUGUGCGUGCAUUAGCCGUCAACGCUAUUGGGAUAGGCCUGCCAAGUAACGAAAUCACAAUAUUCACGGACGAGGAAGCUCCUUCUGGUCCACCAACGGAUGUCAAAGUUCAAGCAAGCGGGUCCACCUCCUUAAAAUUGACUUGGCGGCCACCGUUGUACGAAAAUCAGAAUGGCAAAAUCAUUGGUUACCACGUUGGUUUCAAGCGACACAACUCUAGCGAGGCAUACGAGUAUACCCAGAUACUCACUGAGAACAACAGCGAUCUGGAGCUGCAGGUGAAAAACUUGCUCAAGUUUACACGCUACGAUCUUCAUGUGCGCGCCUACAAUGGAAAGGGUAUGGGGCCCAUAUCGGCUGAUGUGACUGCUUUCACUUUAGAGGACGUACCUAGUCUUCCGCCCCAAAACGUUAAGGCCCGUGCGUUCAGUUCGACAAGCAUUGAAAUCUCAUGGGCGGAGUCACCCUAUUAUACGAUGCAAGGUGUCCUCCAGGGAUACAAAGUUCUCUACAAAGAAGUGCGAACAGACGAAGAUGAAACCGAAGCCAGUCAGGUGAGGACGUCCCAGUUUCGUGUUACUAUUUACAAUCUCAAAAAAUAUACCAAUUAUAGCAUCGAGGUUCUUGCUUUCACAAGAAUGGGCGAAGGAGCCCGAAGCGAACCGAUUUACGUGCGAACACAUGAAGACGUGCCUAGUCGACCAUCAGCCAUAAAAGCCAUUGUUAAGAAUCGAAACAGUGUUCAACUUAUCUGGGAACCCCCGCAACAACACAACGGCAUUCUGUUAAAAUACAUCAUUCGUUACUCCAACGGCAGCGACGGACCACCGAACAAAGAAAGCCGGACAAUCGAACUGAAAGUCAUUCGAACGAGCCAUGUGAUCAGCCGACUACAGGAAGAUAAUGAGUAUAUAUUCACCGUCAAUGCCAUGACAUCUGCUGGUGAAAGCGAACCUACAGUGCCAGUUAGAGCCACUCCUUCUUCAAAGGGUAAGCCUUUUUUGCAUAAAGAAUCUAGUCUAGACCUUUCAAAAGACAUUAAAUAA